AUGGCCACCAGAACACAUUCUUUCCGGACACUUUGGCAGUCUUGCGCCGGACCCUCAGCGCGAAAUACCUAUCAGACUAUUCCGGCCUCCUCAUGGCGCACUUUCGUUACGAGCGCCCCGCGUACAGCCCGGGGUCCAGCGAAGCCCUCUCCUCGGACUCCUCCGAAGUCCUCCGCCGCGCAACCAAGAAUCCCAGCCGGAUCAAUUGGUAGAUUAGCGCUCAAGGUCGCGAAGGAAGGCGACGUCGUCCUCUACCAAUCACGUUCUCAUCGCGCAUUCAUCAUAAGCGCAUACGGUCUAUCAGCAUUCUGUUUCGCAUACGCCGCCUUCAACGGGUACGAUGUGCUUGGCGAUUCCAAAUUCGAUCGUCCUGUCUGGCAAAAGGCCAUGUUUGGCGGUAUCUGUGUCAUGAUGAGUGCUAUGGGAACAGUUAUUCUGGCUCGAACAGGAAACCUAGUCAAUACCAUUACGGCUAUCAAGUCCAGCAGUAAUCAGACUAAGAUCCGGUUGAAUGUCCGACAUGCAGUUCCCUUUAUGAAGCCCAUGCAGUUUGAGGCUUUGCCGUCUGAUAUAUAUAUCCAUCGCCGAUUGGUUGUUUCGGAGCAAUCGAGGGCGCGAUUCGAGAGUGAUCGGUUGAAGCUUGGUUCUGUGGAUGAAGCAUCGUCGCCGCAGCCGUUUUCUAUGAUGGCGCCGGCUAGAGCUAUGAGCCAGGGUAUUUGGAGAUUGUUUAUGUGUAUGCGACAGGUUUUUACUCAAGAAGACACUAUUUUGUUGGGUAUUAAGACUCCCAAGCUUAGGGUUGUUCGUGUGGAUUCUAAUGGGUCUCUCUCUGAGGACUUUUUGGCCCUUGGGAAUCCUGUGAAGAAUGUGCGUGCUUUGGGCAAUGAGGGUAGCUCGUCUUAA